UAUUUAACUUAAAGUAAUUUGCUUGUUAAAUGUACAAAUGUGUUAAUUAUACCGAGUCGAGCACUAAGCUUAUCGUUAAUGCUAGCUAGCCCGACCAUGAACUCACUGAACGACUCCCCUCCUGUUAAAGAAGAGCGGUCUGCUGGGCGGAGAAAGAAGCUCUGGGGCUGAACAUUGUCCUGAAAGAAGAGAAGGAUGUUACAGUAAAUGGAGAAGAAGAAGCUUUCAGAAUGAAAAAGGAGGAAGAGGAGGCCAUCAGUAUCACAUUGAAAGAAGAGGAUGAUGUUAUAGUGAAAGAAGAGACAGAACAUUUUAGAGUGAAAGAUGAAGAGGGGAUAGAGACUGUCACAGUGGAAGAAGAGGAAGUAGAAGUUUUCAGAAUGAAAAGGGAGGAAGAGGAGGCUGUCACCUUGAAAGAAGAAGAGGAGGAUGUUUUGGGAGAUGAAGGAGAGGAAGAGGAGACUGAAGAUCUGAGUAACACCAGAGAGAGACCAGCCUCUCACUCUGACAGCGGAAAGAGUCCUUCAGGGGAACCAGACCCAGAGACACCCAAACCAGGGAGACCACACCACUGCUCCCAAUGUGAAAAGAGAUUUUCCAAAUCAGGGGACCUAAAACGGCAUGAGAGGACACACACAGGGGAGAAACCUUUCCAAUGUUCCCAGUGUGGAAAGUGUUUUAACCGCUUAAGCAACCUGAAGGCGCAUGAGAGGACACACACACAUUAUUUCCAAUGUUCCCAGUGUGGGAAGCAUUUUGCCUGCUUAAGCAGGCUGAAGAGGCAUGAGAGGAUACACACAGGGGAAAAGCCCUACCAAUGUUCCCAGUGUGGAAAGCAUUUUACCCGCUUAAGGAGCCUGACUACGCAUGAGAGGACACACACAGGGGAAAAGCCCUACCAAUGUUCCCAGUGUGGAAAGCAUUUUACCCGCUUAAGGAGCCUGGAGGAGCAUGAGAGGAUACACACAGGGGAAAAUCCUUUCCAAUGUUCCCAGUGUGGAAAGCAUUUUACCCGCUUAAGGAGCCUGGAGGAGCAUGAAAAGAUACACACAGGGGAAAAAGCCUGCUCCCUGUGUGGAAAGAGUUUUACCCGCAUAGAAGAAGCAUGA